CGCUCCUUCUCCUCUUGCAGCUCCGGUGUUACAGUUUGUUCCAGCUCUCUGAAAAAAGCACCAAAGUUAUUAGAACAGCCCUGUGUGUGUCCCUUAGUGAAACAUACACGUGUUUCUGACCCAAACAACAACCUAAUAAAGAAAAGGUUUUGAGAAAGUCUUGAGAGAAGACGAGCAGGGAAAUCAACACCGACAGGACUCCGGGAAACUCUACUCCUCUGAGAGGGACACACACAUGAUUUGCUAUUAGAUCAUCUGGCAGCUGACAUGAAAGAAAGUGGAAUAUAUGCAGCGAGGCAAGCAAGCUGAUGGCUAAAUACCUGUUUACACAAGAGAGAAAGAUGGAGAAGCAGGCACUGGACUCCACCGGGGAGCAGUGCUGGCUGGGAGAAGGUCAGUCUGAAAUGCAGCUGUCAGCGGUUCCUGAUACUGUUAGAGGUGAGACAGCUGGUGAAGAUCGACCUGCGUGGGACUCUAAGAUCCAAUAUGUGUUGGCGCAGGUUGGCUUCAGUGUGGGGUUAGGGAACGUGUGGAGGUUCCCAUACCUCUGCCAUCAGAACGGAGGAGGAGCCUUCAUGCUUCUGUAUGUUUUUCUCUUAACGGUGGUGGGAGUCCCUUUGUUUUUUAUGGAGCUGGCUGCUGGUCAAAGUAUCCGACAGGGCAGCAUCGGUGUGUGGAAGCACAUCUCCCCAAAGCUGGUGGGCAUUGGCUACUCCAGCUGUUUGGUUUGCUUUUAUGUGGCUCUCUACUACAAUGUUAUCAUAGCAUGGAGCCUGUUCUACUUGGGGAAUUCCUUCCAGUAUCCUCUACCAUGGGAGCAGUGUCCAACAGAUGUCACUUCUAAUGAAACAGUGAAGGAGUGUGCCAGUAGCUCCCCCACUCAGUAUUUCUGGUUUCGGAAAGCUCUAAAUAUCACAAACUCCAUAGAGGAGUCUGGAGAGUUUAACCCCAUCCUGACGGGAUGCUUGUUGGCUGCCUGGGCCAUCGUGGCGCUGGCUAUGAUCAAAGGCAUCAAGUCAUCUGCAAAGGUGAUGUACUUUUCUUCAGUUUUCCCCUAUGUGGUGCUCUUUAUUUUCCUUAUCAGAGGAUUGAUGCUGGAUGGAGCCAUGGAUGGAAUCACCUACAUGUUUUAUCCCAGACUGGAGAUCUGGGGUAGCGUACAGGUGUGGCGGCAGGCAGCUACGCAGGUGUUUUUUGCCCUAGGUCUAGGCUAUGGCUCUGUGAUCGCAUACUCCUCCUACAAUCCAGUCAGCAACAACUGCCACCGGGAUGCGCUGUUGGUCUCCGGCAUCAACUUCAUGACGUCUGUGCUGGCCUCGCUGGUGGUUUUUGUUGUGCUCGGCUUCCGAGCCAAGAACAUUGCGUUACACUGCGUGGCUGAGAACGUGGGCGAAUUAAAUCUCAUGAUGUCUCAUGGAUCCAACCAGCACUGGUGGCCUUGGUUCAACACCACAGAUCCGACUUCAGUGUCUAUAUCUGAUUACAGACAGUGGUACAGGGAGUAUGGUGCCAUGGUGGCUCCUAAAAUCACUGACUGCAAUCUGGAGGAGGAGAUGAACAAGGGUGUUGAAGGGACGGGCCUGGCCUUCAUAGCCUUCACUGAAGUCAUGGCUCUUUUUCCAGCCAGCCCCUUCUGGUCCACGCUGUUCUUCCUGAUGCUGCUCAACCUGGGCCUCAGCACAAUGUUUGGGACCAUGCAGGGAAUCCUCACGCCUCUCAUGGACAACUUUAGCUUCUUGGGCCGUCACCGGACCCUGCUCACUGUGUGCAGCUGUUUAUUGGGGUUUGUAAUCGGAAUACUAUUCACCCAGCGUUCUGGAAACUAUUUUGUGACAAUGUUUGACGACUAUUCAGCCACUCUACCGUUAGUGAUUGUCGUUGUUUUUGAAACCAUCAGUGUGGCGUGGGUUUAUGGCACCGACCGCUUUCUGGAUGAUAUUGAAGCCAUGCUCAAAUGGCGCCCCCCGGUGGUGUACAAAUAUCUGUGGAAGUAUGUGUGUUUGCUGGCUAUGCUCGGCCUUCUGGCUGCCAGCCUGCUUCGGAUGGUCUUCAAGGGGCCCACGUACACCGCCUGGAAUCAAACAAAAGGCUCUGAGAUGACUCUUGAGUACCCAGACUGGGCCCUGGUUAUGAUCAUCUUGCUCAUAGUCUUUGCCAGCUUGCCCGUACCUGUGGGUUACAUCCACACCAUGCUGAGACACCACUGGGCACCUGGCGCCCCUCCCCAGGAGGGACCCGGCGCGGAGGUGCACCGUGAGCUGUAUACCAAGUGCAGCUCCACUGACCAGCUGGAUCCCAAUUCCCAUCAACCCUUGGUAGAGGAAGACGGGGUUCGCUCCCGGGCAGUCUUCCUGCCAGUGGGCAACGAACACUACCAGCUCCUGUCCCAGCAGGGGGAAGAGGAAGAGGAGGAAGAGCAGGAUACAGGAGUUUGAGCUUGCUCCUUGUGCAAACAAAAUUUUGGACCUAAAAGGGAAAAAACAGAAAGAAGGCUUGGACUAAAGUAACAGAACCAUCUGAAUGAUGUAUUUUACAUGCAACAAGUCCAAUGUUGACACGCCAAACUCAACUAUGUACCGGUGGAACAUGAAGUAAAAUACCUACAAGUGCAUUAAAAUACAAGCAAGAUUGAGCAGAAAUAAUGUAAGGCAGAAAAACAUCCAACCACCAACAUCAGGUUUGACUGAUUUGACUCCAUGUGGGGGUCAUAAUGUAACGGCUGAUGAACUGUGAAACCUGAGGAGAAUUUUUUAGCUGAAAACGUUCAUUUGGAUGAAAUAUUUUACUUUGAGAAACUGUGAUGGGUGUGUGUGUGUGUGUGUGUGUGUGUGUGUGUGUGUGUGUGUGUGUGUGUGUGUGUGUGUGUGUGUGUGUGUGUGUGUGUGUGUGUUUUGAGGUUUGAGUGGAUUGGUGGAGCUGUCAUGCACAGCGUUGGUUAUAAACCAAUCGGGUCACUUUGAUGGUUUAUCAUAGAGUUUUACUCAGUUGUGCCUGGUUAACGCACAUGGUUAAGGUAGAUAAAGCAGUGUUACAUCCUCUGUUCUUCCGGCAUGAAGACUUCCUGCUGAGCCAAACAGGUUGCACACAUGAACCUUGUGUACAGCUGAAACAGUGGUAUUAGUUACAGCUCAUGCUGCAUAGCUUUAACACGUUGUGUUCAUGGGCAGAGACUGUGUCAUGAUUUUAUUUCUGUAACUUAUUUAAAUCAGUUUAGUUUUAACGUGUUUUUAAAAAUGUGAUAGCUGAAAUAGUGAUAGUUGUUUUAUUUUUGAAAAAAUUGAACUGAGACAAUACCAAUACCUUUUCAUUGUAAUAGUGUUGUACUGUUUACGAGUGCAGCUUGAAUAAAUGUUGACAUGCUAUCA